GGGGCGCUGACGGCGGGAUGGAGCCGCCGGCGGGAGCCGCGCGCCGGGCGCUCAGGCUGGAGAAGUACCAAGAGUGCCCAAACCGUCGCUCUCCAAGUGUUCUGGGAUGCAGCCUGGAGCCCCUUUCCCAGUAGAAAUCCCCGUCCCCCAGCCCGGAGCUGGUUGAGCUGGGAAAAGCCUUUGUGGCGAGGGCCUGCUGCCACCGGGUGGUAAUCGGUCUCCACUACAUCUUUACAGACCUCGCCGAAUAUGUAUUUUCAUUUGCAUGAUAAUUUACCCAACGUCUAUUUUGUUCGUAUUCGCCUCCUUUUCUUAGCACAGUUUCCAGAGCGAGAAAAACGCAGUUCAUAUCUGAGAGCAAAGGGAAAUGCAGAACACGGAAAGAAAGACAUCUUUAAAUAAGGCAUUGCAUCUUUUUCUACUGAAAUAUUUUUAACCUACUUCUGCCUUUUUGUGUCCUUUUUCCAUUGGUCCAGGUGCUCUUGCACGCCGCACUUCUCGGGGUAGAGACAUACCAGCUCUGACGCCGUGUUCCCUACAGAACGGUGGCUGUGGGCUGUAGCUUUUUGUAGAUUUCGCUGCUUUCCGUUACAAGGUGUGCUGCGUCGUGACAGGAACAGGCUUUUUAAAGCUGUUUGCUUUGAGCCUUCUUGGCGCAUUCAUGCAAGGCUUUUUCUCUGCUUUUUAAAAAAUAUUUAAAGUGCUGGGACAAUUUUUGCUGCUGUGCUUUAAUAGGAUUUGCAGCUGUGAAUGCGCUUUAAUAGAAUUUACAGCUGGGCUGAAGUAUCCCUUCUCUUAAAAUAACAUUGCAGCUUCGUGAUUCAGUAGAAUGUGCCUCCCACUAGUUGCUUUGUCUGUAGCUGUGAAUGCUCUGGAGCAAGAGAAGAAUAUGAGCAAACCCAAAACUUUUGUAUGUGGCUAAAUAAGAGGCAUAAUCCUGUGGUUAGGGACUGGAACUAUAAAUGAACAUGUUUGGAUCUUGUUUUUUGCUUCGCUGAUGAUUACUUUCUGCUCUCCCAUGCAGUUUUCAACCUGCCAGGUUUUAUGCUCCAUCAGUAAAUUGAUAACAGGAGCACCUCAGAGUGUUUUCAGAUCAUUAAGUGAUCGGUUUGGGGAUCUUUAUGUAUUGUAAGGCGCUGGAUCAGAGAGAUGUCAGGUGGGAAAUAGUGCAGGAUGUGGUGUCAUUGGAACCUAGCAAGAGCUGUGGGUCUUCUGUUUCUCAAACUGAAAAGCAGUUGGUGGCCGGGGAACCAACGGAAGAAAUGUGUUAUCUUAAAAAGCUGCAUAACAGAUACUGCCUGGCUUUCGUGGCGCUGGGCCAGUCGUUUUCAUGGUUGGUCCCACAACAUCAAUUCAGAAUAUACAGAACAGAAAGCAAUGAGACUCCACAAAGCGGUUUAAAUCUUGCAGGUUUGCAAAACCGGAGGGAGAAUUUCCCCGGCAUCAGUGACCUACUGAGGCAACUUUUGAGCUCAGAAUGGAGCUGGUGAGCAGGCGAGACCCCCACCUCCGAGAGGUCGUGCGGUUUGCAGUGUGCUGCAGAGCCCUGACACUUCUGCUGCAGGCUCUCUUUAACCUCCUGAUCCCAGAUCACGCUGCAGACGCCUUUUCUCCCCCUCGCCUCUCCGAGCCCGGCCUGUGGGACCUGCUCCUGGAGCGGCUGCUGGGCGGCCUCUCACGCUGGGAUGCCGAGCACUUCCUCUUCAUCGCCGAGCGUGGUUACCUGUACGAGCACAACUGCGCCUUCUUCCCGCUCUACCCCCUGAGCGUGCGUGCCGUGGCCGAGGCUGCUCUGUGGCCCUUGCAGCGGCUGCUGCGUUUGCGGAGCCGCCUCCUGCUCUCAGCCAUUCUUCUGAAUUCUCUCUUUUCCGCCCUGGCAGCCGCUGCCCUGUAUCAGCUGGGCUGCCUCGUGCUGCAGCGUCGCAGGGUGGCUUUCCUUGCUGCCGUUCUCUUUUCUGUCAGUCCUGCCAACGUGUUCAUGGCAGCCGCUUACUCCGAGAGCAUGUUUGCCUUCCUGGCAUUCAGUGCCAUGUGGCAACUGGAGAAGGGGCAGAGCUGGCUCGGUGGGCUGCUGUUCUCCCUCGCUUCUGGGGUGCGUGCCAACGGGCUUAUUAAUGCUGGCUUCAUUCUCUACUCCCACGGUAAAUGCUUUGCCCUCCAGCUCCAGGUGGGUUCAGGAUCAGUAAGGAAGCUCCCUCCAUUGUGGAAGCAACUCCUUAGCGUGACAUCUUCAGCGGUUCUGAUGUGUGCCGGGAUUUUUCUACCUUUUGCUUUAUUUCAGUAUUAUGCCUACGUGAGGUUCUGUGGGCCUGGCACUGGCCUGGAGCGGACUGUUCCUGAGCCGCUGCUGCAGCUGGCUCUGGCCAAGGGCUAUCGUCCGGUGGGCAGGAGCGGGGUUAAACCCCCUUGGUGCUCCCGGCAAUUCCCCGUGGUCUAUUCCUAUAUUCAAGACACUUACUGGAAUGUGGGCUUUCUAAGGUAUUUUGAGCUCAGACAGAUACCACAUUUCUUGCUUGCUUUGCCUGUCACGCUUCUGGGCUCAUGGGCUGCCUGGACCUAUGUCAUUGCAAACCCCCAGCACUGCCUGACUCUUGGUCUAGAGAGAAGAAAGAGUGAAGAAGAGGGUAAACCAAGAGCUGGAUUUUGCUGCCCUGGUGUCUUCGUCUAUGUGGUCCAUGCCACGGUCGUGCUGGCGUUAGGAUUCUUCUGCAUGCACGUGCAGGUGCUGACCCGGUUGCUUGGCUCCUGCUCUCCCAUCCCGUACUGGUUCUCCGCUCACCUGCUUCAAGAGCACGAACCUUUACUCUGGAGCGAAGGGACUGAUGAUCAAACGGCAGCACCUCGCCCUGAGAAGUCUCUUCUAGGUAAAUCUGCUGGAUCCUGCAGGAAAGGAACUUUGGAAAACCCUGUUGUGAGGCUGCUGCUGAAGUGUAGAUUAAUCACCCCCCUCAGCAAGUGCAUUCUCGGAUUUUUCCUGUCCUACUGGCUGCUGGGCCUGAUUCUGCACUGCAACUUCUUGCCGUGGACGUAGUGAGGGUCUGGGUUGGUACAGACGGGUCGCGGGGCAGGAGCACUGCUCAGAAUUGAACCUCAUUUUUUCUAAAAA